AUGGAGCUGCACCCGCCCGUCUUGGUCGGACGGGCGGAUAUUUUGUGGGCGAGGGAAUACCAGGGCCAGGGCCAUUACGUGGCCGCUGGAUCGUUGCCAGCGGAACAGCCUAUGAUUCUCAGUGACAUCGUUGAUGUGGAGGAGGCCAGACUCGAUUUGGUUUGGCGCUGGGGUAAUUACCUGAAGCCAAGCUCCGUGACCAUGUUCACCAAGAAGUCUUCCCCAACCUCGGCCGAGGACACCGGCAUUGAUGUCCGCCGCGAUGGAGUCGGAGUCAAGGAGGGCGGAUCCCCCACCGGGCUCUACCCCCAGGAAAGAGAGGCCGGCUACUCGGACGACUACGACGAGCUCGGCGUCGCGUGCCCACCGCACACGACCGAGAGGAAGCUCAUGACCCGCAUCGACCUGCACCUCCUGCCAUUCAUCAGCAUCCUGUACCUGCUCGCCUUCCUGGACCGCGUCAACAUCGCCAACGCCAAGUCCUUUCACCUGGCCGAGGACCUGCGGCUCGGGGGCACCGAGUACAACACCAUCCUGGUCAUCUUCUUCGUCCCCUACGUCUUCUUCGAGAUCCCCUCCAACAUCCUCCUCAAGAAGCUGUCGCCCAGAAUCUGGCUUUCGUUCUGUGGUAUUGCGUUUGGGCUGGUGACUGUCUUCCAGGGGCUGACGCAGAACUAUUCCGGAAUCCUCGCUACACGAUUCUUCCUAGGAGUUUUUGAAUGUGGAAUGUUCCCUGGUUGUUUUUAUCUCCUAGGGAUGUGGUACAAAAGGAGCGAAGCACAGAAGCGCUUCACCUUCUUCUUCGCCUCGACCAGUCUCGCGGGUGCUUUCGGAGGUCUGUUGGCCUCCGCGAUUGGCAAGAUGGAUGGACUUAGAGGCUACCACGGCUGGCGCUGGAUCUUCAUCAUCGAGGGCGCCAUCACGGUGCUCGUAUGCCUGGUCUUCCUCUUCACCUUCCCGGCCUUCCCGGAGCAGGCCAAGUGGCUCAGCGAGCCCGAACGCGACUACGUCCGGGCGCGGCUGCAGGCCGACCUGGGCCACAACGCGGCCGAGCGCAAGGUCACCCUCAGCGACGUGCUCACCGUGCUGCGGGACCCAAAGGUCAUCGUGGGCGGCUUCAUGUACUUCGGGCUCAUCGUGCCGGCCUAUGGCUACGCUUACUUCGCGCCAUCCAUCAUCCAGGCCUAUGGCUACUCGCCAAUCGAGACCCAGCUGCACAGCGUGCCGCCCUGGGCCGUCGCCUUCGGCUUCAGCAUGCUCGUCGCCUUCAUGUCCGACUUCGCCCGCCACCGCUUCCUCUUCACCAUCGUGCCCAUCUGCAUCGCCAUCAGCGGCUUCGCCAUCCUGCUGACUGUGCACGACCGCGUCAGCGUUAAGUACGGCGCUUUAUUCUUAGUUGUAAUGGGAACCUACUCAGCAAUGCCUGUAAUCGUGUGCUGGUUCAAUAUGAACCUUGGCGGGCACCACCGGCGGGCCAUCGGGUCGGCGUGGCAGAUCGGCUUCGGGAACAUCGGCGGCAUCAUCUCCACGUAUUCGUUCCUGGCCAAGGACGCGCCGUUCUACAAGCCGGGCUACAGCAUCUGCAUCGGCUUCAUCUGCCUGAGCGCCGUGAGCUGUUGCGUCUAUGCCGCCCUCAUCACGUGGGAGAACCGCAAGAGGGAUAGGACGGUGCGGGCGAACCUGACUGACUAUGAGAAGACGGAGCUAGGCGAUUUGAAUCCUGAAUUCAGAUACAUGCUCUGA